UGAUUUCUCAAGGACAUUUUGAAAUACCCAAAAAGAAAAACGUAAAAAAUAAAAAGAGACGAGGGAGUAACACUCAUUAAAUUAGUAAGUCAAUUCAAAUGUCCUAAACUCCGCACUGAUUUGACCGGUGCGAGAAAAAAAAAAAUACUCCGUAAAUAAAAAUAAACAUAAAAAAGUUGUAAAGUAGUGAAAUAAAUCAAUAAACCCAGGUUCCCUUAGGUAUAGACUUAUACAAAAACUUUACCUAGAGGAAAAGAAGAUACCAAAACCUUCCCUGCCAAUUCUUCUUCCUCUUCUUCUUCUUCUUCUUCUUCUUCUUCUUCCUCCUUCUCUGACUUUCCUUCCAUCCCAAAUCAUGAAAACCAUCAUCACACCACCAAUUACCACCCUACAAAAAUAGCCGCAACGACGCCAAACAAACAUUGCUGGCUUAAUGCCGAACCUCAUCCUUCCUUCAACCACCACCACCACCACCAUUCUUUUCCACCAAUGCCACGGCCAAUAAUCGGGACGCAACGCCGCACACACCCGUUGAUAUGGUGUGCAGCUAUAAUCUGUAUGUUUUGUACAAUCAUAGUCAUUAUUACCGGCAUUGUCGUUUUCGUAGGGUACCUUGUUAUACGACCAAAAAUACCCUUUGUAAGUGUUAUGUAUGCUCAUUUAGAUAAGUUUGAUUUUAGUCAAGCUGGUGUUCUGAAUACAGAGAUGAACAUUGUUUUUAAAGCAGAAAACGAUAAUCGUCAAGCUAAUGCUAGCUUUUCUGAAUUUACUUACUCACUCAGUUUUCAUGGUAUUCAAAUUGCGAGAUUGAGGAAUCUUCCAUUCAAUGUAGGCCAGAAUAAUAGCGCCACUUUUAACUAUGAUGUUAAAUCGUAUUCAAUACCGUUGGAUCCAGAUCAUUCUUCCAUGGCAGCUCGAUCUUUGCAGCAGAACAGAAUUUCGUUUGUUUUAACGGGGCAUACAAGAACAAGGUGGAAAGUUGGGCCGUUAAAAUCUGUUAAAUUCUGGUUGCCGUUACAUUGUGAGCUUAAGUUUCAAGAUGAUGGCUCUACUAUUCUUCCUGAUUCUCAUUGUACCACUAAAUCUAAAUAAAACCCAGUUUUUUUUUUUUUUUUAGUUUAUUCUUUUGAUAAUAUGUUUAAAAGAAAAAGCAUAUAAUUUUUUAAAUUUAGGUUGGCGGUAUAAUUAUUGGGUAUACUUUUAUAUACCUUACUUUUCUUAA